AUGUUCCGGCGCAACAAUGCCCAUCCGGUCAUACGGCAGUUUAUCCUGCGCACCGCCGUGCUCAGAUAUCUGGGGAAGGAUCUACGCCAACAGUACGAUGAAUUCUCCCAUUUGAGCGGGCAUCUCGCCAAGCUCAGUCUGAAGAAUGACGAGGAUGAGGCGGACGAGUUCCAAUCGAUUCUCUCCCAGCUAUGUGAGGUGCAGCGUUUGAAGACGGCCGCUUCGCAUCGCCUGCUGAAGCGGGAAUACAACGAGCUAUUCACCUACAUGAUGGACAAGAGCGACAUGUGGGACAGUCCGGAGUACUUCAAGGCCAAGGCGGCCCUGGGAGCGGCCAAUCACAACUUGCGGGUCUGUUCACCCUCGAAACCAAUGGACUAAGACCAGGGAUAGUUUUCAACAAUAUAACUACAUCCAUUCAAUCAGUAUAUUCUAUAUACAUACAUACAAA